AUGCAAGAUAUGAUUCUGUCAGUUCGACAGAAAGAGAUUCAGCAACCACCAGCAGGUUCGCUUCCCAAUGGUGUUUUUGAGCCUUCAAGUUCAAGGGCGAUACCACAAGGUCUUCCUGAAGCUGGAGGCAGCUCUGGAAUAGUCAGGCUACUGUUUGUUGGUGCUGACAGACCAGAAGAUCCACUUUUCACUCGUUGUCCAGUAGAGUGGCAGAAUGGAGAAAACCCUAAGGUAGCAAUAUUUCGAAAUGAGAAGCAGAUCACAGGCGGUGAUCUUUCUAAGGUGCAAAUUGAGAUUUUGCCAGUCAAUGCCGAAUUCUUUACUGAGAGAGGACAAGAUGAUUUCACCAAAGAGGAAUUUAACAAACAUAUACAUAUGUGUAAUGGGAAAGAGACAGUCUUGGCAACUAUUACUCUAAGAAAUGGUGAGGCCGAUCUUGGUUCCAUCAUCUUUACAGAGACCUCCCACCUGAAAAAGUUGCGAUUGACAGCAAGAGUCAAAAGGCAGGAUCUUACUAUCAGAGUUCGAGAAGCAAUCACUGAUCCUUUUGUUGUCAAAGACAACCGAAGCCGAUUAAAUGCAAAGAGUAUUCGUCCAUUGAAGGGAGAUGCAGUACAUACAUUGAAGGGAAUUUCCAAAAAUGGAAAACAUUUUGCUGCCCUUGAGGGGGGAAACAUUACUACAGUGAAGCACUUGAUGCGUCAGUAUCACAAAAAUAAAUCUAGUCUCCAAGAGCUUACUGGCAUGAAAGAAAAGAGUUGGAGUACAAUGAUUGAACAUGCCAGCACCUGUGUUCCUGGGGAUGAGAUCUAUUCUUAUAGAGUUGCAGAGGAAAAUUGCGAAGUCUUAUUCAAUGAUUUAUAUGAUCUUGUCGGUAUAAUAAUCAAAGGACAAUAUUUUCCCGUCAGAAAUCUUGAUAAAUAUCACCAGCGUAAAGUGGAAAACUGGAAAAUAUCCGCGCAUAAGAAAUUUGACGAGCAGGAGAAUUCUGGGGGUCUUGCCGCUGAUUACUUCAUGAGCAAUGACGACUGCCCUGUCCGUGAAAAGCCUCUGAACAAUGAAGCAGGUCCUUCUGUACAAGCUAGACCAACAUGGCAAUAUCCUAAUGACAUGGCUGCACACCAAGAAUUUGGUGAGCAAUAUCACAUUCGGCAGCCAAAUGGGUUCUCACCGGCCGAAGUCCUGGCAAACAAUGACGCAGGUCCUUCCAACCAAGAAGCACCACUGAAUUCGCAGCACACUGUUGGUCAAGGUCGAUAUUAA